GAGACGACUGCCACCUCCACCCCAGCAGCACCUCUGGACCAAGCCGCCAUGAAGUUCCUCGCCAUUACGCUGGCCUUGGCCAUCUUUGCCGGUGAGCGGAGGGAAAUAGAACAGGAUGGAGGGAAAUUCUGACUGAAAGACUCACUACCACCACAUUUUGGGGGGGUGUGGUCUAAUAUGCAAAUGAGCCCCUGCUGGGGGUUUCGUCCCAAAAGAGCCCUGUGUCCGGCUAACCUCCUGGAUGCUUUUUCCUUUUGUCCUCUAGGAUCCCCAGCGAUUGUCUUCAGCGAAGAGGCAGAUUCCCGGCUGACCCAGUUAACGCAGCAAUUGAAUGAAUACUACAGAAACAUCUCCAGACCCUUCGAAGAACAAGGAAAAUGGUCAGAAAUAUGGAUGGUGUCAGGCAGGCAAAAAAGCAAGUUUAUGAAAUCUUUUGGAACGGUACCCAGCCUUUUAAGAAGCUCGUGAAAGAGAUGCCCAGGGAGGUCUUAGAAACCGCAGACCUGGCCAUUGGAAUCCCAGCCGGCGUGGGAGAGAAGCUCUUGCACGCCAUUAAGGAUUUCACAAGAAGGCUGGAACCCGCCUUCAGAGAUCUCUAUAACGCCAUGGAACCUGCCGUGGCCUCCCAUGCUGAACAGGCCAUAGAGAGGGUGAGGCCGCACACCGCCAUGAUCCAAGCCAGAAUGCAGGAAUUGAGCCAAAACCACGGCGAGAGACUGAAAGCGAGGAUGCACGAGCUGGAAAGUCUGAUGCCUCAGAUCACGCACAUCCUGAGCCAAAUCCAACAAGUCCAAGGUGCCCUCCAGCCCUACGUGAACGAGAUGCACGACACGGUCAGACAAAAAGUGGAGGGUGCUGCCAACAUGGCAAGGCCCUACGUGCAACCAGUUCUGGAAAAAGCCAAAGAAUAUACCAAAGACUUCAAGAGCAACCCUUUCUUUGUCAUAGAUGAUGAGCAAUGAUCUUUCUCUCCAAGGAGCAGGGCUUUUUUUUUGUAGCAGGAACUCAUUUGCAUAUUAGGCCGCACCCCCCUGAAGUAGCCAAUCCUGGAGCUUACAGAAGGCCCUGUACAAAGAGCCCUGUAAGCUCUUUGAGGAUUGGUUACCUCAGGGGUGUGUGGCCUAAUAUGCAAAGGAGUUCCUGCCACAAAACCCUGCCCAGAAGAGAACCCCAGACAACUUCUUUACAUUGGCCUCUGAGAAUCUGGGGGAUUGUAAUAUGGCACCGCAUCAAUUUUUCAGCGAGGCGGGGGGGGGGGCGUCAAGUGUAUCUGUAAAUCUCCCUUGGAAUCAUGGAAUAAAAAGACGUGGCUAACAGUGACCUCCAAGGCUUCUGUUUUCAUGGCUUUCUCAGUCUUCAGCUUCGCCAACGUCCAGCUGCUAUCAGCCAAACCCAAAAGAACACCGUGUUACAUAUUCUUUACAACUCAUGAAUAACCCGAUAAACUAUGUGGUUCAAAAAUUAUUUCAGCCUAGCUAAACUGAAGCCUGCCUUGGCAGAAUGGGCAGGAUAUAAAUCCCAAAAAUACAUGCAUACAUACAUAAAAGGUCAAGGUAGUCCCCUGUGCAAGCACCAGUCGUUUCCGACUCUGGGCGACGUUGCUUUCACAACGUUUUCACGGCAGACUUUUUACGGGGUGGUUUGCCAUUGCCUUCCCCAGUCCUCUAUGCUUUCCCCCCAGCAAGCUGGGGACUCAUUUUACCGACCUCGGAAGGAUGGAGGGCUGAGUCAACCUGGAGCCGGCUACCUGAACCAGCUUCCACUGGGAUCGAACUCAAGUCGUGAGAAGAGGGCUCCAACUGCAGUACUGCAGCUUUACCACUCUGCGCCACGGGGCUCUUUGUUACAUACAUACAUACAUAUGUGGCUUUUUUUUAGCAGGAAUGCAGUGCUGGCUGGCUUGUCAGGGGGUGUGGCCUAAUAUGCAAAUGAGUUCCUGCUGGGCUUUCCCCACAAAAAAGCCCUAUAUACAUACAUACACACUAUCAGCUAUGCCUAAAAUAGAUGAUGGGACAGAAAAUGAUAAUGAUUUCAUAGCAAUCUGGUUCCGUAAUUUGGAAAUAUUUACAAGCAGGGCUUUUUUUUAGCAGGAACACACAGGAACACAGUUCUGGCUGCCUUGGUGCCAGGGGGUGUGGCCUAAUAUGCAAAUGAGUUCCUGAUGGGCUUUUUCUUUUAAAGAGAGAGAGAGAGCCCUGUUUACAAGCCCUAAAAGAAAUUCCUGAUAUAAUCUCAGCUUUACAAUGAUGGGAACUAUUUUAGUGCUUUUGGCUUAUUUUGGCAGUUCUUUAGAAUGUAUUAUCUAUUAUCUGUAAAAAUUUGUUGAAAACGUAAUAAAAAUAUUUUUAAAAAAUCA